GUUCUUGAGGGGGCUUAAUCAUGAAGGGACCUUCCUGUUGCAAGCCGAUCUCCAUAGCUAGACACCUAGCAGCAUCCCCAUGCCCACUAAUGAAAACAAAGCCUUCAGGGGACCCAUAAGGGAGACAACGCCAAAGAACAAGAAUUCUCCAGUACUAACGCUGCUGUGACUUCCCUUAUGGAACGUGAAAAAAAAACAUGUAUCCUGGAUCUCCAGGAUUCCAGUGAAGAAGAGACACUGAGAGGUUCAAAGCAGUGUACAAAAUGAAGUUAUGAGUUCAGCUGCCGACAGUGAGGUAAAAAUCUUUGGUAUGAUUAUUCCGACAGAAGAUACUGAGAUAAUAAAAGAAAAUAAGGAAGAGGAAGCAGAACGACAGAGCAUACAGAAAGAAGACAAGGGGAUUCAUGACAAGGCAAAGAGGCAGCAAGAAAUCUUCCAAGAAAAAGGAAUUGCAGCACAAGGUCAUCUAAUGGAAACUACCCAGCAUGUGGCCAGUAAUGGGGAAUCUGUCAUUUCUGUGGAACAAGAAUCUACAGACAAUUUUUCCGACAAUGACAAGGUGCCCAAAGCUACCAUCUGCCCUGACUGCGGGAAGAGCUUCAGUAACAGCUCCCACCUAGUUCGGCAUCGUCGUGUACAUACGGGAGAGAAACCGUACAAAUGCCCCCACUGUGACAAGAGCUACCGCCAAGACUCCCACCUGGUCCAGCACAUGCGCUCUCACACAGGGGAGAAGCCAUACCGCUGUACUCACUGUGGCAAGGGCUUCUCCCAGAGCUCCAACCUUAUCAUCCACCAGCGGACUCACACGGGUGAGCGGCCCUUCACCUGUCCCGAGUGUGGGCGGAGCUUCAGCCACAGCUCCGAUCUCAUCCAGCACAAGCGGAUCCACACGGGCGAGAAGCCCUACGUCUGCUCCAUCUGCGGGAAGUGCUUCUCGCAGAGCUCCAAGGUCACCCAACACAAGCGCUUCCACUCUGGGGAACGACCGUUUUCCUGCGGGGAAUGCACCAAGACGUUUCGUCUUCGUGCUGACUUGGUCCGCCACCUCCGUGCCCACACUGGUGAGCGGCCCUUUGGGUGCCCAGAAUGCGGGAAGCACUUCGCCGAGAGCUCCCACCUUAUCCGACACCAAAGGAUCCACAUGAGUGAACGGCCCUUUCGCUGCCCAGACUGUGGGAAAGGGUUCAACCAGAGCUCCAACCUGCAGCAGCACCAGCGGGUGCACCGAGGCCAGAAACCCUUCAAAUGUGACGAGUGCGGGAAAGGUUUCGGCGUAAGCUCAGCACUCCUGCAGCACCAGCGCACGCACACGGGCGAACGGCCCUACUGCUGCAGCCAGUGUGGGAAGAGCUUCAGCGUCAGCUCCACCUAUCACAUACACCAGCGUAUUCAUGCUGGUCAAAAGCCCUACUCGUGCGCUGACUGCGGGAAGGGCUUUGUGCGCAGCUCUGCUCUCCUUCAGCACCAAGCCACCCACACUGGUGAAAAGCCCUUCCGCUGCCCAUACUGUGGGAGAGGCUUCGGACAGAAGUCGGCACUCUCCCAGCACCGGCGAGCCCAUGUGAGGAGAGGAGAGACGUUGGCUUUGGUGGAGGGCUGGGAUGCUGCUGGCAUGGAAGGUGUUGGGGACCAGGGGGUGGAAGGAGGAGUGGACAGUCUGUGGCAAGGCAAUGGGAUAGGGAUUAUGGAGCAGGAGUGGCAGAGCGAAGGAGACGAGAGCAUGAGGCGGGAAUGGGAGGACGACGGAGAUGAGACGAUGCGGGUGGAGUGGCAGGAUGAUACAGUCGAGGGCGUGGUGCAGCGGUUGCAGGAAGACGGCAGAGAGAACAUGAGGCAGGAGUGGAAGGAUGGUGUGGAUGACGAAACAGAGAGGACAGAGUGGCAGGAUGACGAGGACGAGUGUGUGGAGCAGGGCUCACAGGACGACUGCACCGAAAGCAUGAGGCUAGAAUGCCAGGAUGACCCUGACGACGAGGCCAACGAGAGGGUGGAGGUGGGGUUGCAGGAUGAUGGGGACGAGAGCAUGAGGCUGGAGUGUCAGGAUGACGACAGCGAGGAGGAGGAUUUCCAAGACCAUGAGGAUCAAAGCCUGAGGGGGAAGUGUCUGGAUGAGAUUGUGGAGCCAGACUGGCAGGAUGACAGAGAGGAGAGCCUAAGGGAGGAGUUGGAGAAUAUCAUAGGUGAGAACUUCAGGCAGAAGCAUGCCAGCGAGGGACAGGAGUGGCAUGGCAGUGAAGACGGUAGCGAGAGGCAAAGCUGGCUGGGAGAAGGGGAGGAUAGCUUGGAGGGGGAAGGCGGGGAGAUUGGAAGACAGAGUUGCCAGGAUGAAAAUGAGGAGAUUGUGGUAUUAAAGUGAUUGGUUGGGAUGCAGUGGACAAAAGAAUGGGAGUGGGAUGCUUGGGGAACUCAUUCUAUAGAACAACCAGCAAGCCAUCAAUAUGUAGUGGACAGAAAUGGCAGGACUAUCCAUUGGUGCAAAGUGGUCUUGUUCACCUGCAGCAAAUAUGGCCGUGUUUGUGUUGUGUGGGAGAUUCUGCUUGGGCUGUUCUCCACUUGAAACAUGUUCCUCACCCUCAGUACCUGCAUGCCUGUACUAGAUAUCUCCACAUGGCUGCCUCAUGGUCAAGCUGGUCCAGCUCCCUGUGUUGUCCCAAGUCUUGUGUCAUUUGCUGGUCAAAUUAAUUCCAAAUCUGGUGAUUUUAUUCAAUCAGCUUUUAAAUCUUACCAUACAUCUGUACAUGGUAUGCCACACUUUUCAAACUGAACUAUGUAAUGUUAAAAACCCAUAAAGCUCCCUGAGGCCUUUUCAUAAAGAGGUGGGUGACUGUGCCUUUCCUUAUUAUUGUAAGCAAUUCUUGCUACACUCCUUGGAUCAGUUUGGUAGGAAGGAAACCUCACCUCAGUCUGGAAGCUUUGAAAUCAUUGGCUUAAAAAGGUACUGUGUGAGCAACAAAAAAACCCCAUUAACUUUGUUGUUUUAUUUUCACUGGUAUUGUUUAGGAGCCCAGGCAAAUCUGGGAACAUAUGUAAGACUCCAGUAUUUAACUAGAACAGCUUUUUAAACUCUUAUUGCAUGCUCCAGACCCUUUACCCUUCCUAACUGAAGUUAUUUUUGUAACAUUUUGAUUUCUGCUAUUAUCCAUGUCUCCCCUUAUGAACUAAUAAAUGCUCUUUUUAAUUCCCACACAAUUGCCCUGAAUUCUUUUAACUUUGACACCAGGGCUAAUAAUCAGGCUAAACAUUUUUUUCAAAUCAGUUUCAAGACAAUUGAUUUUACAUAACCUAUGCCUUUUGGAUACUCUGAUCUGUGUCUAUUCUUUGGAAGCAGAAUGCAUUUACACUUACAAUUGCCAACUAAAUCUAGACAGCUGAGCUGAUCAAAACUUGCUGGCCUUGAUCCAGAGAACAGCAUGAGUUAUUCUGCAUACCUAAAGGUGGUUUAGAUUUGUGUUUCUCAAAUGGCCACAUAGCAAACUGCAUUUGAAGCUGAUUGGAGUUUCAUUAGCGGUUUGGGAUAUGGUAUGGAGCUUAGCCCUUCAAAGAGAAAAUGUACACAGGGGGUACUCCAAGAAUUAAUUCCCUUUUAGCGUCAUUAAAAUGAUCUCUGAUUUCUGGUAAGACAAGAUGGCAAGAGCCACGGCCGCAUGGUGCUCCUGAGAACCACCAACACCAAUUGUGCUGCCUGACUGGUCCCCACACCGCCACCACCAUCGCGAUUGGAGGCGGGAACUAGGGGUGCCCAACGUGACAACAAGAAAGGUCGCAAGGAGCCCCCAUUGGCCUUGACCUUGCUGGGACCAGGAGCACCCCAUCGACAGCCCAGCAGAGCUACUAGACCUGGAGGUCUCCGGAACUGAACAGAAAGCAAAAAGGACCCCACUCAGCCAAGCACCAGCUUACCACUGUCGCAGCCGCAGCCACAGCCACCGCCUCCAAGGGAGAGAGAUAGGAGGGUACCGGGAGGGCCAGGGAGGCCAUGAGGAAUCAUGUGGCCAAGCCCAGGUCUGACCCUGAGCCUACCUUCCCGGCAGCUAGGUCGGGACCGGGGGGGGGGGACCAUGUGCCAGAGACCACCCUGGGGGAAAAACAAACUCAGCACAGGACAUCCCCUUCUGGAAAGUUAUUGUUGUUUGUUGCUGGGUUUCUUUCAGUAUUCUUUAUUUUUUAUUUUUAUUAUUAAUUAUUAUUAAUUAUUAUUAAUUAUUA